AUGUCUGCAUCACCCACAUCCACAACCGCCAUGUCUUCAGCAAAACGGCCCUUGGAAGAUCCAUCUUCUCCCUCCGCUCCCACUGACCUGCCAGAUGCCAAACGCCCUGCCCUCGACAAGGUUGUAAAAGAAGAUGCUCCAGCCGAGGGCUCCGAAACUGCUGGAGUUGCUUUAGCAGAGACGACAAAACCAACGGAAGAACCCGCAAUCCCUGCCCCAGUAACAAAUGGAGCCGCAGAUGUGCACACGGAAGCUCCUGCUCCCACAGUGGCCGUCGGAGUUACGGCCCCUCUGCCGGUGCCGGAGACCCAGCCUGUACAAUCCACCACUGCGUCAAAUGAUCAAGCCCCGUCUCAAGCACCAUCAAUGCCCCCACAGGAUGAGUCAAAUUGGAUCCAUAUUCGAGCAGUGAUUUCCAGUGCUGAGGCUGCGACUUGUAUCGGAAAAGGCGGUGAAAACGUCACUCAGAUUCGACGACUUUCGGGUGCAAAAUGUACGGUCAGUGACUAUUCACGAGGUGCCGUUGAAAGAAUCUUGACGGUCAGUGGGGCUCAAGAUGCUGUGGCCAAGGCCUUUGGUCUCAUCAUUCGUACUCUGAAUAACGAACCGCUCGAAGCUCCCUCUACUGCCCAAUCGAAAACGUAUCCAUUGAGACUACUGAUUCCGCACAUUCUUAUCGGUUCCAUCAUCGGCAAGUCUGGUGUUCGCAUUCGAGAAAUUCAGGAAGCAUCCGGUGCCCGCCUCAAUGCCUCAGAUUCCUGUCUUCCACUUUCGACUGAGCGUUCAUUGGUUGUUUUGGGCGUUGCCGACGCAGUGCACAUUGCCACGUAUUAUGUUGCCGUGACCCUGGUCGAGCAGUUGACCGAACGAUUCGGUGGUCCCGCCGCAUCCGCGUACGCAACCAGGAGUGGAGGUCCCGCAGGUGUUGUUCCGGGCGGGAUGCAAGUCGUGCCAUACGUCCCUCAGCCGGCCGGAGGUCAGUAUGGUCACCCAGACACCUACAAGAGACACAAUACGCACCCCCCCCAACGUGUGCCCUUGCAGCCUUACGGUGCGCCACAAAUUCACGGUGUUCCUCAGCCAGCCUACCCCCAACAUGCUCAACCAUAUGUAGCGACACCACGAACUCCAAGCUACGGGGUACCUCCUCAACAACCGGGUCCAUAUGGCCAAAUGCCACCUCAACCGGGUCCACACAGUCAGCCUGCACAGCCAUCGCAUGCGAUGCCUGGACAACCAAUCACCCAGCAAAUUUUCAUUCCGAAUGACAUGGUCGGCGCAAUCAUCGGAAAAGGCGGCGCAAAGAUCAACGAAAUUCGACAUCUCAGUGGCAGUGUCAUCAAAAUCAACGAGCCACAGGAUAACAGCAAUGAGAGGUUGGUUACGAUUACAGGAACGCAGGAAUGCAAUCAAAUGGCUCUGUACAUGCUUUACUCGAGAUUGGAGAGCGAGAAGCAUCGAAUCUAG